AUGUUGAGUCCUGAAUAAAUAUACUCCAUUGUUUAUAAAACAGAUUCUGGAAUUGAAGGAUAUGAUAUCCCUAGAUUUUACCAUGACCCUGCUGAAAUGAUGAGAAAUCGAGAUCUAUUAAAACAAAUAGAAAAAAGUAAGUUUCAUUAUGUUUAAUGUAUUUAGAAUAAGCACAUAAAAAACAUGAAACUAAACGAGGAAGCUAUUUAGAUGAUUAUACAAAAAUGUAUAAAAGCUACCCAAGUCCUUUAUAAUAUUAAUCAUACUCCAUUCAAAAGAUUCCAGAGAAAAAAGUUAAAUAUCCUAAUCGAUUGACUCUUUUUGAAUAGUUAUAAAAGGAAUAAAAAAGAGCAAAUAAUCCACCAGUUGGAACUUAUAAUAUCGAAAAAACUUAAGAACAAAUAGAAAAAGAGCUCAAAGUAUUAAAGACUAAAAAAAUCAAAGAACUUUAAAGACCUGAUACCUAUGAGGAUGCCAUGGCUCAUAGCAUUAUGAUUCCUGGCCCUGGAAAUUAUAAUCCACAUGUGAGAUAUUCAACAAUUAUAAAAGUCAUUUUUACCAAAAAUCAAAGUAAAUAAUACAAAACCUGAGGAUUGGAGAAAAAAACAUAACAAAGAUAACAAUAAGAGCCUUCCUCAAUUACCCCCUGUAGGAACUUACACACCUAUAAUAAGUGAUUCUUUUGCAAAAAUUUAAAGUUCUGCUCCUGCCAAACGAGCUUAUUGGGGAGGUGAAAAAAGAUUCAGAGGAUUAUUUGGAAGUUCCUCUAUAGGUCCAGGUCCAGGAACUUAUGCAUAAUUAAGCAAAUUAUUAGCAAAAGGAAUUGAAAAGUCUAUUUAUUAAGAUUGA